AUGUCCACUGAGUCGAACAACGAGAUCAUGUGCCCCACCACGCCGUCGAUGUCGGCCCCGGAUGUAGACUAUUCCAUUGCGAUCGACGCGGACGAUUCGGCCGUUCAGAUCAUGCCCUUGGGCUCUGCGCCACUGACCCGCAAGCGCAAACUGAAUUUGGCUAUUUCAGCCACCGCGCUCCUCGUCGUAGGCGUCAUUGUCGCGCUGGUAACUUACCCCAACACUUUCUCCACGAGUAGCAUCUCGGUGGGCGCUGCCGGUGACGUGUCGGUGUGCUACGACUCGUACAACUCUUACGCUGCUGGCAACAUCGAGUACCAUUUCAAGCGGAUCAAGGAGCGGUUCUCCGGCGUUCGAACAUACCAAACGCAAGGUGCUCGCAACCACAUCGAUGUAGCGGCUGAAACCGGCUUGGUGAUUUACGCUGGCGUGUGGCUGAAGAAUGACCAAUGGUACAAGGACAUGGUGGCCGCCGUCGAUGGCGCCCGCCGCCACCCCAACUCGGUAAAGGCCAUCAUGGUCGGGAACGAAGAACUCCUCGGUGGUCAGUACAACCAGUGGUUCGUCCUGGAUAAGGUUCGUCAGAUGCGCAAGAUGCUCAAUGACGCCGGCCUCUGGUACAUCAAAGUCGGGUCGGUGCAAACGGACGGCGACUGGCUUGAACGGGCGGCAGACCUGGCCAAGGAGUGUGACGUGAUCGGAGUCAAUAUUCAUCCGUUUUUCGGUGCGUCCGACAACUCGAGAUGGAACCCGAUCGAAGACUUGUCGGCACGAUGGAAUCAAAUGGCCAACCGGUACGGAUCCAAGGUCGUUUUGACGGAAACCGGGUGGCCCACGAGCGGCGGCGCCGUCAACGGCCACGUCCCGAGCAUGGAGACGGCCAAAAGGUACAUGAACGACGUGAAUGCAUGGGCGAAGCGCGGCAACGGCGGCGACACCCCCGCCUACUUUAUGUUCCACGACAAUAACGGCAAGUGGGUCGACUAUGAAAAAUCGUUCGGGCUCGCGUGGGACAAUGGGAACUGGAAGUUCGACUUCAACACGGUGGACCCGGCCAAGGACUACAGCGGCAUUGUGUUCAUGAAUCGUCCGAACGACAAAGUACUCGGCGCGCUGUGGUCCAGUACCUCCGUCGAAACUCACACGCGAUGGGGAUGGGCCUGGAAGGACGACGUACCGUCCAUCUGGUCGGUGUGGGAAAGCAAGGGGCAGAUCGCCACGUGGGACGCGGCCAACCAACGCGACCUGUGCUUAGACGCGUACGAGCCCAAGCGCGGCGGGGCCGUCCAUUUGUGGCCGUGCGACAACAACAACGCCAACCAAAAGUGGAAAUACGAUCGCGUGACGCAGCAGAUUCGCCAUUUGACACACAAGGGGUACUGCCUCGACAUGCGCCUUGCCGAGGGUGGUCCGAUGCAUAUGUAUGACUGCUUGGACUACGCAGUACUCCAAAAGUUCGAGUGGUGGGUCAUCUAA